AUGGAUCUUGGCACUUUUACUGUCCCUUGCACUAUUAGAAAUUCCACCAUCAGCAAUGCGUUACUUGAUCUUGGUGCUUCUAUAAAUGUGAUGCCUACAUUAAUCUACAAGUCUUUGAGCCUUGGCCCUCUAAAGCAAACUAGUGUAGUCAUUCAAUUGGCAAAUAGGAGCACUGUAUUCCCUGCUGGAGUAGUAGAAGACAUACUAGUGAGAGUGGAUAAACUGAUAUUCCCUGCAGAUUUCUGUAUUCUGGGCAUGGCAGAAGAGUCCAGCAUACCUACACUGAUCCUUGGUAGACCUUUCCUGAAAACAACAAGAACAAAGAUUGAUGCGCACUCAGGAAUUCUAUCCAUGGUGUUUGGAGACGAUAUUGUGCAAUUCAACAUCUUUGAGGCCAUGAAGUAUCCAUCAGAGCUGCAUAGUGCAUUUCAUAUAGAUAUUAUUGAUGUUUUAACUGAGGAGUUUUGUACUAAAUUUUCUGAUAUUUCUAGUUGUUUGGAAAGCUCUAGCUUGAUGCAUGCUGCAGAAUUAGACUUCUCCACGAAGACACUUCCCUCUAUUAUGCAACCAGCUGUACUUGAACUGAAGCCUCUACCCAAGCACUUGAAGUAUGCAUUUUUAGAGGGUGAUAACAAGCUGCCAAUGGUAAUUUCAGCAAAUUUGGAUGUUGCACAAGAGGAGAAGUUGUUGCAAACUUUAGCAACCCACAAGCAAGAAGCUGAAUCACCCCACUCACAAGGACCAUUUUCCCUGCCUUUUAUUGAUCAGGUCUUGGAGCAGAUAGCAGGAAAAUCCCAUUACUACUUUCUAGAGGGAUUUUCUAGUUACUUUCAAAUACAUAUAGCCCCAGAGGAUCAGCAUAAGACUACCUUCACUUGUCCUUUUGGUACCUUUGCUUACAGACGAAUGUCAUUCAGACUGUGUAAUGCACCCAACACUUUUCAGAGGUGUAUGAUAAGCAUGUUUGCAGACUUUCUAAAGACCUCACUUGAAGUAUUCAUGGAUGACUUUACUGUUUAUGGGUCUUCAUUUGAUGCAUGUUUAUAUAGCUUGUCUAGAGUAUUAGAUAGGUGCAUAUAG